AUGUGUUUCUCGCCCAGCAAGCUCGCCCUGCUCGCGCUCGCCGCCGGCAGCGCCCUAUCAUACGAGUUCACAUGGCUCGACGCCGAUCGCUACGCCCUCGGCGACCCCAAGAACAUGGGCGACCCGAAAAAAAUUAGACACUUUCGUAUCAGUGAAUCGCAAGAGGCUGGGUAUAUCGACGUAAAACGUUUGGGCAAAUACAGAGCGACCUUCUACACCUCAUUUGAGGCGGCACUUAAAUACCUGGACGAUGAGUUAGACUCGGACGGCCUCGAGGAGUACGAAGUGGGGAGCAUCGACGAUGAGGGGGUGCACAAGAUCCCUGAUAGGGCGCGGACCAUCCGGUUCAGGCCUACUUAG